CUUGCGAACACCGCGCUGCGCUUCUCUAAGAUAAGUUUAGCGAGGAGUACUGCGACGGGUACAGGUGGAUUCACACGAAACCUGAGUGCAUGAAGCGAAGAAACGGAUUUGUGCUGCUAGAGCACCCGGACUGGAAGACCAGGUACGAGGCGUGUGGCGACGCUGUGCAGUCGCCGAUCCACGUUCAAUACCUGGACAGCCAGUUCCGCCAGUUCAAGACGCUCUACUACAACGGGUUCCAGAACCUCUACGACUACGUCGUCGAGAACGGUGUGCACGGCGUCUACAUGACCCUUAUGGACGGGACGGUGAGCCUGUACGGUGGUCCGCUGGCAGUCCGCUACAACCUGUCUCGCGUAAUCUUGCGGUUCGGACGUCCGACGGGGCCCGGCUCCGAGCAUCGUAUCGACAACGAGGAGUACGUCGCCGAGAUGCAGCUUCUGUUUUCCUCGAAGAAGCCAACCACAACCAGCUGCCUGUACGAGAACUCCGGCGCCGCAAUGAUGUCCGUCCUCUUCCGCGAGGUGCCGGGCAGCGUGGCGGACAUUGAGCCCCUCGUGCAGAGCACGCGACAGCUGCGCGGUGUGUGGGGCGCCCGGGCGCCGGUGCAGCUGCGGCUGAGGUCGCUCAUGGCGCCGUACGCGCAGCACUACUACGCCUACUCGGGAUCGCUCACCUUCCCGCCCUGCACGAGCAGCAUACCGACGCUGGUGAUGGCCAAGCCCGCCUCCAUCGGAGAGGACCAGGUGGACGCCCUGCGGAGGAACAUGUACGUGUCGCUCAACUACUGCGUCUACCACAUGGCCGGCCAGCUGAGGCCCACCUUCAGCGCGCAGAACCGGGACGUGUACCGCUCGUUCAAGUACUUCAGCAGCCGCGGCGUCUCCGAGGCCCAAACACCACCGACUGCAGUGUUGCUUGCGCUGCUACUGCUAAGCCUAACAUUCACGACUGUGGCGCCGUUGCCCACCGCGUGGAGCCUGUGCUAAGAGACAUGGCGUCGUUACAACCCAGCGUGCGUAGCACGAACUGGUACAGUUCUGGAUAUAUUCGAACGAUGACAGCUCCCGCCGUGUAAUUCCGUGAGUCAUAUUCCAAUCCGUGUAUGUGGUCAUUUAUUGCUUUUAAUAAUAGACUUGGUAUGAUUUCAGUUCUCACUCGGAAGCAAUUUGACCCUUGGACUCGCUGCAACAUCGGUGGUUUCUUUCACGCUACGUCCCUAUGCGCACGUUCCGUUUUCUACGCUUCAUAUCUGAUUAAUCGAAGCGUGGAGUUCCUGCGCA